CACGUGUAUUACUUAUAACCUAAUUUAUAAUUUCUCGUUUUUAUUACUUAAAAAAUUAAAAAUAAAAUAUAUCUUAAAAAAAUGUUACGAAGACAAGCAAGAUUGCGUAGAGAAUAUCUGUACAGAAAAUCAGUUCAAGAUAAGUUAAAAAGCAUCCAAGAAAAGAAGGAGAAACUCAAACGUAGUCUUGAACAAAAUAUACCAAUACAUCCAGAUCUAAAAAAAGAUGCUUUGAAUAUACAAAAGCAAUUAGCUUGGGAAGAUGCUGGACCAGAAAUGGCUAUUGCUAUUGGAACCGAGAUGGGUGGAACUUUGGGAUCUCAUGAAGAUGAUGAAUAUAGAUGGGCUGGAGUCGAAGAUCCAAAAAUUGUGAUUACUACUUCUCGUGAUCCAAGUUCUAGAUUAAAAAUGUUUGUUAAAGAAUUAAGAUUGAUAUUUCCCAAUUCUCAAAGAAUGAAUCGAGGAAAUUAUGAAAUGAAACAAUUAAUACAUGCCUGUAGAGCAAAUGAUGUUACAGAUUUUAUAAUUGUACAUGAACAUAGAGGUGUUCCUGAUUCUAUUAUUAUAUGUCAUUUACCCUAUGGACCAACUGCAUAUUUUACAAUGUCAGAUGUUAUUAUGAGGCAUGAUAUUCCCAAUAUUGGAACGAUGUCUGAACAAUAUCCUCAUCUUAUAUUUCAUAAUUUUAAAACAAAGUUAGGCGAACGUGUUAUGAAUAUUUUAAAAUAUUUAUUCCCAGUACCAAAGGAAGAUAGCAAAAGAAUAAUCACUUUUGCUAAUCAUGAUGAUUAUAUAUCAUUUCGCCAUCACACGUGUAAAAAGAUUCAUGGAAAAGAUAUUGAAUUGUCAGAAGUUGGACCCAGGUUUCAAUUGAGAUUAUAUGAAAUUAAAUUAGGCACCUUAGAUGCAGAAGCAGCAGCUGAUAUAGAAUGGGCGUUGAGACCUUACAUGAAUACUAGCCAUAAAAGAAGAUUUCUUUCUGAUGAAGAUGGAUGGCAACAAGAAGAUGAUAUUUAAAAUUUUUAUAUCUUUCUAUCAAUUCCAACAAAUGUUCU